UUUCUCAAACGUCUACGGGCCUGGGCAUCACCAAAGCCAUAGGCCCAAGAGCUGCGUCGCCUAGACCAAGUGGGGGUGCGUUUUACGUGGGAUGCUUGGCAAGCCUCUUCGAUACACGAGCAUCCGCUCCGCUUGUUUCGACGUCAGUUUCACGCACAACCCCCGGCGGCAAGCUUUGUUUUCCAAGCCACAAAGACCAGCAUGUGCAUCACCCGUCGCUUAGACUCUCCAAAGGCGAGAUCAAUCAUCGGGAAAUGUCGGAACGGCGUAGAGACCGCACUGUAGCAGGACCAUGCAAUAGCACUUGGCCGGGCGAUAGCCUGUUUGAAAGACGCCGUCUCCUUGUUCCACGUCCACUUCCCGAGUCCCCCUAUCCAGGGCGCUACACUUUCUCAAACAUUCGUGCCAAUCAGGCUCUCAGGCUAUCCAAUGGGUUUCUUCAGGGCCCAAGCACAAGCCCUAUGCCUCGCCAACAUCAGCCGCCAAGAAGAAAGCAAUCUGGGUCAAGCAUUUCAUUGAGAAGCGGUUUCGAGCCAUACAGACCACCAUACUAUGUUUUUAUGCUCGGUUCAAAAUUUUCUUCUCGAUGGAUUAUGAUUCCGAGCACAAUAUAG